AUGAAGGAUGAGGUCGCUCAACAGGAGAAGUCGAGCGACGUAACGAAGAAGGACGAAGAGAUGGAGGAUGCUGAGGAAACAGCUGCUGAUGUCAAGGAAGUGAAAGCGAAGGAGGAGAAGGAGAAGGAAGAUGAGGAGGAUGAGGAUCAGGUGGAAACGAUUGGGGACGGCGAUGAUCCCGAGGGUGAUUCUGAAGCCGGCGAUGAUCCCGAGGAGCUCGCGGUGAUCGAGGCGGAGGAAGUGGAGGAGGGCGACGACGGCGAGCAAGCAGGCGACGACGAAAUGAACGACGAGGAGGAGGAGGACGUUGAGCAAGCGGACGAGGACGACCCUCAUAAAGACGAGCCGCACUUCAAUGAACGGAAGGAGAUAGCGAGGAAGGAGAGGGAGCGGCUGUGGGAGAUGAAGCGGAACAAGAAGAAGGAGCUGGACGAGCUAAUCAAGAAACAGAACGACGCAGUGCAGGCCGAAACGGCCGACAACGCCAAGGGGAGGCUCAAGUUCCUGCUGCAACAGACAGAGAUAUUCCAACACUUUGCACAGCAGCACGACUCGCCUGUGAAGCCCAAGGGCAAGGGCCGAGGCAAGGGCAGGGGUCGAGGGAGCUCGAAGCUGACAGAGGAGGAGGAGGACGAGGAGUACCUCAAGGAGGAGGAAGAGGCAUUGGGAGACGGAGGCAGCACCACCAGACUGCUUGUGCAGCCCUCCUGCAUCCAGGGCAAGAUGAGGGACUACCAGCUGGCGGGUCUCAAUUGGAUGAUCCGGCUCUACGAGAAUGGCAUUAACGGGAUUUUGGCCGACGAAAUGGGCCUAGGAAAGACCCUGCAGUCCAUCUCGCUGCUGGGGUACCUGCACGAGUUCAAGGGCAUAUCAGGGCCGCACAUCGUGGUGGCGCCCAAGUCCACGCUGGGCAACUGGAUCAAGGAGCUGCACCGCUUCUGCCCCUCCCUGCGCGCCUUCAAGUUCCACGGCAACCAGGACGAGCGCACCCACAUGCGCUCCCACAUGCUGCAGCCGGGGAAGUUUGACGUGGUGGUGACGAGCUAUGAGAUGGUGAUCAAGGAGAAGACGGCCUUUCGGCGGCUGUCGUGGCGGUACAUUAUCAUUGAUGAGGCGCACCGCAUCAAGAACGAGAAUUCGAUUCUCUCCAAAACCAUGCGGCUCUUUUCAUCCAACUACCGCCUCCUCAUCACCGGCACUCCGCUUCAGAACAACCUGCACGAGCUCUGGGCACUGCUGAACUUUCUUCUGCCCGAGAUCUUCAGCUCAGCAGAGGCGUUUGACUCGUGGUUCCAGCUGUCAGACGGGGAGGACCAGCAGGAGGUGGUGCAGCAGCUGCACAAGGUGCUCCGCCCCUUCCUGCUCCGGCGGCUCAAGUCGGACGUGGAGCGGGGGCUCCCUCCCAAGAAAGAGACCAUUCUGAAGGUGGGUAUGAGUGAGGUGCAGCGCAACUACUACCGGGCGCUGCUGCAGAAAGAUAUAGAGGUGCUGAACAGCGGGGGAGAGAGGUCCCGCCUGCUCAACAUUGCCAUGCAGCUGCGCAAGUGCUGCAACCACCCCUACCUCUUCCAGGGAGCCGAGCCCGGCCCGCCCUUCAUCACGGACGAGCACCUGAUAGAAGCUUCCGGGAAGAUGGUGCUGCUGGACCGGCUGCUCCCGAAGCUGAAGGCGCGGGACUCCCGGGUGCUCAUCUUCUCACAGAUGACGCGCCUGCUGGAUAUUCUCGAGGAUUACUGCAUGUUCCGCGGGCAUCAGUACUGCCGGAUCGACGGCAACACGGGGGGUGACGAGAGGGAGGCUGCGAUCGAGGAGUUUAAUAAAGAAGGCAGCGAGACGUUUAUCUUCCUGCUGUCUACCCGGGCGGGUGGGCUGGGGAUUAACCUCGCCACAGCUGACAUUAUGACGCGCCUGCUGGACGGCAACGCGGGCGGUGACGAGAGGGAGGCGGCGAUCGAGGAGUUUAAUAAAGAAGGGGGCGAGACGUUCAUCUUUCUGCUGUCUACCCGGGCUGGUGGGCUGGGGAUCAACCUCGCCACGGCUGACAUUGUGAUUAUAUACAACUCCGACUGGAACCCUCAAGCGGAUCUACAGGCCAUGGACAGAGCACAUCGCAUCGGGCAGAAGAAGGAAGUGCAGGUUUUCCGAUUCUGCACUGAGCACACGAUAGAGGAGAAGGUGAUAGAGCGCGCGUAUAAGAAGCUGGCUCUGGACGCGCUCAUCAUCCAGCAGGGCAGGCUGGCGGAGCAACGAGGAGAGCUGCUGCAGAUGCUGCAGUUUGGUGCCGAAGGUCUUCACAUCUGCCAACAUAACAUAACCAUCACCGAUGCUGACUUGCUGGUCCCCCCUCCUCUCCUCCCCACUCCUCCCCACCUCUCCCCCUUCCCCUCUUCAACCCGCUCAGCUGUGAACAAGGAUGAGCUGCUGCAGAUGGUGCGCUUCGGAGCAGAAAAGGUGUUUACCUCCGCCAACACGACCAUCACUGAUGCUGACGUGGACAGGAUCAUCGCCAAGGGUGAGGAGGCGACCGCUGAGCUGGACGCCAAGAUGAGAAAGUUCACGGAAGAUGCGAUAAAGUUUAAAAUGGACGACACGGCGCUGUACAGUCUGGGCGAGGGCGAGAAGGAGGAGGAGAGGCCUGAUCUCAAGAAGCUGGUCACUGAGAACUGGGUCGAGCCGUCAAGGAGAGAGCGCAAGAAGAACUAUUCAGAGGCAGAGUAUUACCGCCAGGCCAUGCGGAUGGGGCCACCCUCUCAGCCAAAGUCCAAGGAGGCCCGCUUGCCAAAAAUGCCCGUGCUUCACGACUUCCAGUUCUUCAACACGGCUCGCCUCUCAGAGCUCUUUGACAAGGAGGCAAAGGCUAAGCUGCUCUUUGACAAGGAGGGCAAGGCUAAGCUGGUGAGUUGUGUGAUUGAAGGAUGUUGUCAUUAUAGGGUUUUGUCGCUGGUGUGCCUCUCAGAGCUCUUGACAAGCAGGCCAAGGCCCAAGCUGGUCAGUGAAUGGGUGAAUCUGAGUGUGCUGGUGACUGGUGUGUUGGAGAAGGAGAAUGACUGGUGUGCCUCUCAGAGCUCC